UUUCUGCAUAAUUUUUAUCUUUAAUUCAGGAAUAACCGUCAGACUUGUUUGACUUGUUCCGAGAAGCAAUAACGGACAGUGAGAUGAGAUCAGAGCUUCGUCGAGAAAAAGGAAUGGGGAUAAAAUAUUUUUUUAAUUCUUGUUUUUGAUUGGUUUCAUGGAGUAUUCUGUAUGGUUUGUCCUGGGUCUUGUUUGAGUCUCCAUCUUGCUUGGGACUCCCUCUGCAUCAGCGACACUGCAGCAGCAUCAGGCAGACUGGUCUAAAGCCUACGAUCUAGUAGCUGGACAUCCUGAAGCAAGGAUCUCUCAGUUGCUGCCCGACCUACACGAGAGCUGACUGGAUCUCGAGAGGAACAGUCGUAUGCAGCAAAAUUAGAAACAGCUACAGAGUCCAACUCAGCAGGCCCAGGAGCGGCAGAGUCAGCUGCAGGUAAUGGGUGCCUGGUGCAAAUGGGAGCAGAGAAUCGAAGCACUAAUGGAGUGUAAGCAGCAGAAGUGGAGCUCUCAGAAGCAGUACAAUGUUUAUUACCAGAUGGAAGAGAGAUGCUGGCACAUGCAAGUAGAGUUGGGAACAUGUGCUGGCGGGCCGCUACUCAGAGAGUCGAUAAGUGUUUGGCUCAGAGGGGAGAUGAGGGAUAGAGCAACACUGAGGAGCCACCAGCCUGGAGUCAGGUGUCAUUUCCAGGAAUGUAUAUACAAGUAUUCUUGGAUGUGGAGAAUGUCGACCUUAAUGGGGCUCUCCCCCAGAGGUGUGCUCGAGGCAUCCAGCAGUGGAGUACGCAUCGUGCAAACGCAGGGCCACCUGAGUGGAAGUGUCCAGAUUCAGGAGUGCAGUGGAUGGAAUGAGGGAGCUCAUGGAUCUGUUGAAGACAGUAGCGUUUCUAUAGAAAAGAGCUGUGCAUGCACAGUAGCAAAAGCAAAGAGGCAUACAGCCUGAUUGGGAGUACUCCAUUGAUGCAACACACAGUGGCACAACAUAUUCUACUGUCAACCCACUGAGGUUUACACAGAAGCUCAGACAAGACC